AUGGGUUUCUUCCAAGCCGCGCGCAAGGUGUUUGCUGGUCUUGGAAUCCUUUAUGGCAUUGCAAUCGUCGCACUCACCGUCCCUUAUCUCCAAACCCAGUUAAGCAAAACCCCCAUCGUCAAUGACACGUUACUGACUUCGUUGAGGAUACCAUGGGGUAGUCGUUAUGAUGCUCCUGAGCUAUAUGGACUGGCGCCGAACAAGACGGCCAACGUGAAAAUUGGCACAGCGGACAACGAGACUAUUGGCGCGUGGUUUGUUCUCUCUGAACCAUUCUACCAAUCACUCCCCCAAAUUCCCACUUCUCAUCCAAUCGAUCUCAUCCCCGCUGCUCUCAAAGCCCAUCCGACCAUCCUUUUCUUACAUGGCAACGCGGGUACCCGUGCCUACAGAGCUCGCAUUCACCAUUACACCGCAUUUUCCUCGAGACUUCGUGCAAAUGUUCUGGCUAUCGACUACCGCGGAUACGGAGACAGCACUGGGUCCCCGACGGAGGCUGGAGUACUUCGUGACGCUCGAGCUGCAUGGGAUUGGCUUAUCGAACGUGGCGCAACCGCGAGUCAAAUCGUCAUCGUUGGACACAGCCUCGGGACCGGCAUAUCCGCGUUAUUGAGUGCGGAGCUUUCAGACGAAGGCAUAUCUCCUAGGGGUGUUGCUCUUUUGUCACCAUUCUCGAGCAUCAGCAAGCCUUUGGCAAUGAUCCCCUUCGCAACUGACUUGGUCCAGAAGACCUUGGUCCAUAGAUUUGAUACCGAUAGAUUGGUCCCUAGAAUGAAAGGCCCGAUUCUGAUCGCUCAUGCCGAAAAUGACUGGGACAUCCCAUACACUCAUUCCGUUGCCCUCUUCGAUACGUUCCUCGACCCUUUCCUCCCCAUAUCGCCGUCUCUUCCUCAGAACGCUGCCGCCCUCUCACAUGAAGACUGGUCCGCGUUCAACACCCAGUUGAGUCUUCGCAACUCCGUCCGGGCGGAGCUCAUAAGCACUUCUGUGCUGCAUAAUUUUGGCACCCUGCAACAGUUCAACGACACUGCACACGGGCGGAAGAUUCUCUAUGUCCAGUCGCUAGCUGGUGGCCAUGACUAUCUUGGCGUACAAGAGGGCGUACAGGACGCAAUCGGAGAGAUGUUCCACUUGACAGAUCAGGCUUAG